AUGGUACUGCGUCCGCUGGAAUUCGCUGACUGCCUCUCAGAUAGUCCGUGGUUUCGUCAAAAUCUUCACGAGCAUGAAAGCGUCCUCGAAGAUGCGCAUAAAAAUAUCAAAAAUAUUGAAUCACAAUGCCGCGAACUUAUUCAGUGCACCAGAAAACUUUCCAUGGCUCAACGGGCAUUCGCUAAGUCACUGAAGGAAUUUAAAUUUGUUACUAUUGGCAGCACUGAAACAGACGAUGAGCGGAAAAUAGGUGAAUGCUUAAGUAAAUUUGGAGAUUUUGUUAAUCAGAUCGAAGACCAUCGUGAGAAGAUUAUUGAAGAUUCAGAAAUCCACUAUAUCGAACCUCUACGAAGGUUCCGUGUAGAAGCGAUCGGCAAGGUGUUGCACGAUGAUAAAAAGAGGUACGACAAGGAGUCGAACAAAUUUUAUGCAUCGCUUGAAAAACAUUUACAUCUGUCAACGGCGCGUAGAAAUGAUUUCAAGGAAGCGGAUGCUCAGCUGGACAUGCAGCAGCGUAAUUUCUGCAAGUCAUCGUUGGAUUAUGUGACUGCAAUCCAGGCAGUGCAGGAGAGGAUGAAAUUCGAAUUCGUGGAGACCCUGUGCUCUUUCAUUUAUAGUUGGCUCACGUUCUAUCAUGUUGGGCAUGUAACACAUGAGGAUUUCAAGCCAUUUUUGAGUGAGGUGCAGUCCAAAGUUCAAAAGGCGAAACAAAGCUUUGAAGAAACGAAGGAAUAUUAUUUGCAGCUCAAAGAAAAAAUGCUAGCGAAUCACUUAAAAAAUGCGGUUCGUUAA